ACCGAUUUAAAAAAAAAUUUGUAACUCGUUUUAACAUGGCGUGACGGGCCAACGACAGUGAUUAUAACACGAGUGUUCUGUUUCAUACACCUUGUUCCUGCUUACGAGUUACCACGUAUGAUAACAUAAGUUAUUAUUUAGGUGGCAGCAUCGAGAUUCGAAGCUAACCCUGAGAUAAAAGCAGGCGCGCUGUAAGCACUUCGCCAUGGCGCGUUUAAUGCAAGCAAAACAAUUCCGGUACAUGUUUACAACACCGGAAAAUAACAUCCAACUAAACAAUACACCACAUAUUCACAAAGCGAAACACCGGAAUUCCUAUCUACAGUACCUUGAGUGUGCUGCCCAACCCACGUGGUAUUAAACCAACCAAUCACAGGCUUAGGAAUAGAGUCAUGGUCUUCCGUCGGGAUGUUUUAAAGUAACGGAUCUUUCGGUUUCGAAGUUAGUUGUUUUAUGUUCUUUUCUUGUACGUUGCGAUAACUGUAGAAUUUGUUUAAAACGAUGAAACGGUUAAUCGUUUUAUUUGCGCUUGUGUUUAUUACUGGCGCUACGGGUUACGGCUUCAGGCACUGGCCUUGGUACUUCCCAACUGUACCACCGCCGGUAUGCGAAUUCUGCUUUUCAAGUGAUAAAUGCGUUGGGCCGGCCGACAAUUUAAACGCUGCGUGUAAAACCUGCUUGAAUACAUAUUGCGCAUCGACUAUAACCAACCUGGGCCAGGUCGGUUCUUCAGCUGACUGCAUAGCAAGGGCAUGGCCGACCUACUGUAGCGCCUCUUGUGGGGUUUAUUCUGCAGCUAGAACCGACAAGUGUGUCAAUUGUGUCAGGGCUUGCAAAACCAAGUUUGACGCUAUGAUACCUGCAAAAUGUCCCGCGAUCACCGGGGAUCCGUGCCUAAGUUGCGAAUCUGCUACCGCAUGCUUAACCGAGGCGGAAGUAAGGAACUUAACACUUACUAAGCCGGUUUGUCACCAAUACGUCGGCAGUUUAUGCAUUCAAAAUGCGCCGGUUCUGACAAGCGCCUGCCUUAUCUCCGCGUGGACGAAUGCUGCAUCAGGUUGUGGCGUCUUGACUACAGCCAUGAGAAAUCGUUUCACGGCGUGUGGAACUUGCCAGGCGGCAUGUCAAAGGGCACAGACCUGCGCACGGAACUGUACAACGAUGACGACAUACCCGACUACUAUACCUUGUGCAGCCUGCAGAGUAAACUGUAACGGUACAACAACCGCAUGUGCGCCAGGAGCCUGCGAUCCUGGGUGUGCGCCAUGUGAUGCCUGCUUCAAGAAUUGUGAGAUAGGAUCGUUUCAGAUUCAAAAUCCUUGCAAUUGCCCGAGUGGGCGCAUCGGCAGGAGAUAUGGCGGUUAUUUCGGCGGAGGAGGUUACAGAGGGGGUUACGGUUACGGGAGGCGCGGAGGCGGUCGUCGUGGCGGUGGGCGUCGUGGACGGGGCCGUGGAGGCCGUCGUGGACGGGGCCGUGGAGGUCGUCGUGGUCGCAAGUGAAGUACAAAAAGAGAGGGCACGAAGAAAAAGGAGAACUAGAAUUUCAAAACUUGAAAUGUCGAUCUUAUACUCGGGUUAUUAUAUAAAAGACACGAAUCAUUUUUAGUAGGGUGGGGAAGAUAGGACAUCUUUUUGUUCUACUUUCCCGUCCCAUUUGAUAGUAAACAAAGAACAUGCAAUGAAUUAUAAAACCGUAUCCUCACGACUUCCAUACAUAGACCGUUGUUAAUCGUUAAAACAUGAUUAGGAUAUUUGGAUAUUGUGUGCUGAAAGUAACCAGUCCCCCACCCUAUACUAUACGUCACAGGUUAAAUAAGUUACAGGUUCAUUACGUCACAUGUUUUACGGCACUGGUUUAUUACGUCACACAUGAUCUACCGGUUCAAGAUAAAUAAAUAUAUCGGAAAAAUGUUCA